GGGGUCCGCGAGGCGCAACGCACGCGGGCCUGCGCGUUCCGCAGGCGCCGAGAGCCCGGGGCCGGGCCGCGCCCCUGUGACGAGCUGUGACGCCUCAGUGGUUGCCUGGGUGCGCCGCGGGGUUUCGGAGACCGGCGGCUCCUUCCUGCCACACUUUUCGUUGAGAGCGGGCGGCCGUCGGGGCCGAGAAGCAUGAGCCCCGGGGGCGCAGGCUGCUCCGCCGGGCUGCUGCUGACCGUCGGCUGGCUGCUCCUGGCGGGCCUCGAGUCCGCGUGGGGGACGAACGUCACUGCCUUCCAGGAUCCCGGCUUGGGCGGCGCAGAAGGCGAAGGAGAAGGCGAGAACGAGAAUGAGAACGAGGGCGAGGAAGACGCCGGGAACUACAUGGGCGAUGCUGAGAACGCGCCCCGGGCGGAGGCCGAGGACGAUAGUGAGGGUGUUGGUAUUAGAGAAGUUAUAUUAACGAAUGGAUGCCCUGGAGGUGAAUCUAAGUGUAUUGUACGGGUGGAAGAAUGCCAUGGACCAGUAGACUGUGGCUGGGGUAAACCAAUAUCAGAAAGUCUUGAAAGUGUUAGACUGGCAUGUGUUCAUACAUCUCCUGUAAAUCGUUUCAAAUACGUUUGGAAACUUCUAAGACCAGACCAACAACCCAUUGUUCUUGCAAAUGAUUCAGCAAUCAUGGAAGUACAUAGGGAAACUCACCCCUUGGCUUUCGAGUGUGAUACCUUUGAUAAUAAUGAAAUAGUAGCAUCUAUUAAAUUCACAGUCUAUACAACAAAUGAAUUGCAGAUGAGAAGAUCAAGACAACCGGACACUGAUGCAGUCCUAGUUUUUGUGCUGACCAUAGGUGUUAUUAUCUGCAUAUUUGUGAUCUUUGUACUGAUCUUCAUAAUUAUAAACUGGGCAGCAGUCAAGGCUUUCUGGGGGCCCAAAGCCUCAACUACUGAGAUACAUUCUGAGCUGAGUUCAAUGAGAUUCAAAGAUUCAACUUCUCUUGACCAAUCGCCAGCAGAAAUGCCUGUGCAUGAAGAUGAUGCCUUAAGCGAAUGGAAUGAAUGAUGGAUGGAUGAUCUAUAACAAACCAAAGGAGAUUCGAGCAUAUCAGAUUCAUUAUUACAAAAAUAAAAUAUAGUGAAAUACUUUCAUAAUAUUUCAAGUGGUUUACCACAGUCUAAAAUUCCAUCUUUGUGAUGGAAUUAUCAAAAACUAUUUUUAAUUCUCAACAUGUACCGUUUCAGAUAAUCACUUGGUAACAUUUAUCUAGAGGUACACACAAACAAAAUUUUCUAAAAUCUUUGAUCAGUUUGAUCACUUCUAAGUUUAUUUUCCUGUUCUGUCUCAAACAAGAAGAAUGUAAUAUAGAAGAUGCCUUGCAUAUUAGACUUUCUCCCUGCCGGGAGCACUGGUUUGAACUUGCUAAAGCCAAUCAUACUUUAUUUAUUUUAUUAUUUUAAGAUUUUUAUUAAAAUAUAGCUAACAUCAAAUAUUAUGUUAUAGUUUCAAGUGUACAAAAUUGUUAUUCAACGUUUAUAACCUAAAUAAGUGAUCACCACAAGUCCAGCAACCAUCUGAC